AUGCCAGAAAGCGAAGAUGUUCGAGACAAAGAGCAACAAGAAGGUGAUACACUUAUGCCCGAGAAGAAAUGCAUCGACGAUUUUUUGUUAUUUGGACGAUAUGGCUUUUUAACGGCGAUUCUCAUUGAGCUUGUGAUGGUGGCUGAAUGUGGAAACUUGUUGUUUAUGGUUUUUGCUGGUGCUGAUGCUUUGAUCAUCACUUGUGACAAAGAUGGCAGCCUCGUAACGACCCGCGAAACGUUUCUCAAUGAUGGAUUUUGUUCACAGUUUAACACAGGGAACUGCACAAAUCCGGCUCUACAGCAUGAUUUUUAUUCCGUGAACGUUGAAUGGAAUCUGCUCUGUGAUCUGAAGAAAGAAGUCAAAGACAGCACAUCUUAUCAGAUGAUCGGCUUUCUGGUGGGAUCGAUUGCUUGGGGUCGAGCUGCUGACCGUUUUGGGCGAAAACGAUCAAUGAUCAUUUCUUUGAUUUUCACGGGACUCCUCGGGAUCGCAUCUGUUUUCACCCACGAUAUUCGCAUGUUUACCAUUCUGCGAACGCUUGUCUCCUUUUUCGUGAUCGGCAGUGGAAUAGUUGCCAACACGUUCUUCGGCGAGUUUUUCCCGUCCCGACAUCGGCUUAUCUUAGCCUACAUUCUCAACUGGUCACCAAAUCUUUUGGUGGUCACCACCAUAGCCUAUUUCUCUCAAACGUGGCGAGUUUUCGCGAUUGUGAUCAGCGUGAUCACCCUACCAGCCAUGUUAAUCAUGUGCUAUCUCGACGAGACGCCACAUUACUUGCUGCGAAGUGGUAAACCGGAAAAAUCGAUUGAAGUGAUCAGACGAUUUCAUAAAAUAAACAAUGAGAAGCUCGAUUUGAAAGAGUUGGAGGAGGUGUUUCGAGACGAAAACGAAAGCCAAGAGAAAGUAACGGUGGAAUCCUAUUCGUUUCUUCACCUCUUUUGCACUCCUCAACUCAUCGGUUUAACGCUAGCUACCUGCUUUAGCAACCGGCUUUAUAAGCUACUCGUUGUUGUU